CUAAGAUAAAAAGCACUAGCCUUGCCGAUUUCUCCUCGCCCUUUCUUAUUCAAUUUUUAUUUCAAUUUUUGAUAGGAAGAUUAUAGCGAUUGGCUUGGGGCGUGACGUUAUCUUAGGACCAUCAUCGUUAUCCUGGGAUCUGUCUUAUUUCGGUGUCAGUAAAGAGCUUCCACAGACCACAAUCCACAUCAACAUCAUCGAGGAAUCCCACUAAGAAGACCACGGUCGGACAGGUAGAUCACACUUGUACAAGACUGUGCAGGGCACUAAAUCGCAAAAAUGCCCGUCCAAGGUUUUGAAUUCAAAGUGACUGAAAGGAAGCUCACUUGUCCUUUUAACCCAGCACAUCAAGUUACGGACAUGCAAAAACACCUGACGCGCUGCUCUUCGUACAAUAAGGAUGUACGGGUAAAGCUGUGCCCCUUCAACGCCACACACUGGAUUAAGGAACCCGAAUUCCGCCACCACCUGGACCGGUGUCCCGACAAGGCACCCAUUGACCGUGCCGUGCUCGCCAUGAAAGCAGGCGCCGAGGGCACCUCUGGCGAUCUAAGUAUGCCCGUCACCUGGAGCGCCCGCAACGAGGCCGUCGAGAACCAGGUGGAGGGCUGGGACAACGACGGCUCCGACGAGUGGGACGUGGAGGUGAGCCAGCUGCCGCGUCACAUGCGCCAGAAGUACGACCCCAAGGUGGCCACGCAGAACCGGGAGAUAUUCCGCGUGCCCACCGAGCACCGCGGCAAGUCUGCCAGAAACGAGUUCCGUCGACAGAACGUGGAGAGGGCGCAGGCCAUCCAGAACGGCAGCGAGGCGGGCUCGGUGGUGGGCGCCUCGUCGGCGGCGGCGCCGUCCGUGUCCUCGAUCGGCGCGCGCCGGCGGCCCAUGAGCAACCCCAUCUGCUGCAACGGCAUGAACAUCAACCCCAACCUGGGCAUGGGCCGGGCGCGGCGUCCGGCGCCGGCGGCGCUGCCGGCCGCGCUGGUCGGCGAGCCGGCAGGCGGGGACGGGGCGCCGGCGGCCAGCGCGCGGCCGGCCGUCGUCGGACGCGGCCGCGGCGCCAUCACCUCGCAGCUGAAGACGCCCGGCGUGCGUAUCGGCGCCGACGGAGACCGGUCGACGAGCGGCGCGUCCAACUAGCGCCGGCGGGCCGUGCCGCGGCACCAUCCCUCCGAGUGUCACACACGGGCGGACGGACUGUGAUCCCUGGAAAGGUCGGGGGCGGCCGGCUAGGUCCGUCGCUCCUUCUGACGAAGCCGGUUUAUUUGUACAAUUCCGACCAGUCUGCUCUGACAUCGCCCGGGGCGACGCUCAGCUCAGAGAUCGUGGGAGAGGCGCCACGCGACUCGUACGGUGCCGUCUAUUGUGUGCGCGCGGAGGGACGCCGCUGUGCGCUGUAACAGCAGGCGCUGGAGUAUUUGCCGACGCAAAGUAACUGCUAGUAUUUGCCGACGCAAUGUAACUACUAUGCUAUGUGGGAGAGCACUACCUCAUUGUUUCGUGAUUGGGCGGCGACGGUCUUGUAGUUAGGUUCCGAUACAGGGGUAGUGCGACUCCCUAAUCAAGAUAACACGUUUUAGCUUAAGACGUUUGGGGUAACGCGAUCGGACGAGAGACGCGCUGGUAACGCGACGUCACCCUGGGACCAUAGGUGGGGGCCGUAGAGUAGCCCUCGUGCAUGGGUGUUGUCACAGUGUCCAGUAUGAUUGCGCUACCGGUGUCAUACAUGCAUUAUUUUUGUAUCCAAGUGGCACAAGCGUUACUUGCAUCGUUUGUUACAUGGGACGCUGUUACACGGGAGAAUGUGCGGCGUUCACCCUGCACGCUUCUCUCUCUCUCUCUCUCUCUCUCUCUCUCUCUCUCUCUCUCUCUCUCUCUCUCUCUCUCUCUCUCUCUCUCUCUCUCUCUCUCUCUCUCUCUCUCUUUCUCUCUUUCUCUCUUUCUCUCUUUCUCUCUCUCUCGCUCGCUCUCGCUCUCUCUCUCUCUCUCCUCCCUCUCUCAUCAACCGCUACUAACUGACUCGAGGUAGGCUUCGGUGGUACCGGCGCACGUUAUUCAAGAGUUACACAUUUGAAGCAACGGCCGGGGGAAGCCUGAGCAUUGCGUUGCGUUACUCUGAUGUUUGUUGAGCUUUCACGGUGAGAGACAGCUCGGGGAACGUACAAAACUGAAGCUCAUCAAUACUGAAGGCGCAUAGCUGUUGCUUUCUUCUGUUGCGAUAUUCACUGACAUCUACUUUCAACAUGCAAUGUGUAUUGUGUAACAAGUGCGCAGAUGAGUGGGAGACAGUCGUGCUACUGUGGCCGAACUGGCCGUGAGCAAUUAAAAUCCUGUUCGCCUGUGCUGCUUUGUACGGGCGGUCCGUUUGGUCGGCGUGUGAUAUGACCGGAGCUCACCGACCUGUGGGCAGCGUGACGCACGUCCGGUCAGCGUGUGGCUACUGGCUGGGUAUCGGUAAUGGAGGUGGGCCGAUAAGCGUACCACGGCGCUGCCUAGCAUGCCUGUCUGUGUAUGCGCAUGAAUCGGAAUAAAAAUCAAAACGGCAGUUCAAGGUGACAACUUGACCCCUCUCUCAAC